GCCCUCAGCCUUCGCACCCCCCACCCCCACCUCAGCCACUUCCGGCAGUCUCUGCGCUGCUGGGGGGUGCGGGCGAGGAUGGCGGCGGAGAGCGAGGCCAGCCAGGAGAGCGCCCUGGGCGCCUACUCGCCGGUGGACUACAUGAGCAUCACCAGCUUCCCGCGGCUGCCGGAGGACGAGCCGGCGCCCGCGGCCCCGCUGAGGGGCCGUAAGGAUGAGGACGCCUUCCUGGGAGACCCCGAUACCGACCCAGACUCCUUCCUGAAGUCCGCGCGGCUGCAGCGGCUGCCGUCGUCGUCGUCGGAAAUGGGCAGCCAGGACGGGUCGCCGCUACGCGAGACACGCAAGGACCCGUUCUCGGCGGCUGCGGCCGAGUGCUCCUGCCGCCAGGAUGGGCUCACGGUCAUCGUCACUGCCUGCCUCACCUUCGCCACAGGUGUCACUGUGGCGCUGGUCAUGCAGAUCUACUUUGGGGAUGCCCAGAUCUUCCAACAGGGUGCUGUGGUGACCGAUGCCGCCCGGUGUACAUCUCUGGGCCUGGAGGUACUCAGUAAACAGGGAUCUUCCGUGGAUGCAGCUGUGGCAGCAGCCUUGUGUUUGGGAAUCGUGGCUCCACACAGUUCUGGCCUGGGCGGCGGGGGUGUGAUGCUGGUACAUGACAUCCGACAAAAUGAGAGCCACCUAAUUGAUUUCCGGGAGUCUGCACCAGGGGGCCUCAGGGAAGAGGCCCUACAGAGAUCCUGGGAGACCAAGCCCGGGCUCUUGGUGGGGGUCCCCGGAAUGGUGAAGGGGCUACAUGAAGCUCAUCAGCUCUAUGGCAGGCUGCCAUGGUCCCAAGUCCUGGCCUUCGCAGCAGCUGUGGCCCAAGAUGGUUUCAACGUGACCCAUGAUCUAGCCCAUGCCUUGGCUGAGCAGCUGCCUCCCAAUGCCUCUGAACGCUUCCUGGAGACAUUUCUGCCAUUGGGCCACCCACCACUGCCGGGCUCCUUGCUGCGUCGGCCUGACCUGGCUGAGGUGCUGGACGCACUUGGCACCUCUGGUCCUGCUGUCUUCUACAGUGGUGGCAACCUCACGCUGGAGAUGGUAGCUGAGGCUCAGCACGCAGGGGGUGUCAUUACUGAAGAGGACUUCAGCAACUACAGUGCUCUCGUGGAGAAGCCCGUGUGUGGCGUGUACAGAGGUCACCUGAUUCUCAGUCCCCCACCCCCGCACACAGGCCCAGCACUCAUCAGUGCUCUCAAUAUCCUUGAGGGCUUCAAUCUCACUAGCCUGGUGUCCCGAGAGCAAGUUCUUCACUGGGUGGCAGAGACCCUGAAGAUUGCAUUAGCCCUGGCCAGCAGACUGGGAGAUCCUGUCUAUGAUUCUACCAUCACUGAGAGCACAGACGAUAUGCUCAGCAAGGUGGAGGCCACCUACUUCCGGGGCCACAUCAAUGACUCCCAGGCAACCCCUGCCCCACUCCUGCCUGUCUACGAGCUGGAUGGGGCUCCCACGGCUGCCCAGGUGCUGAUUAUGGGCCCUGAUGACUUAAUUGUGGCCAUGGUCAGCUCCCUGAACCGGCCCUUUGGCAGUGGCCUCAUCACCCCCUCAGGGAUCCUGCUCAACAGCCAGAUGCUGGACUUCUCCUGGCCCAACAGGACUGCUAACCACUCUGCGCACAACCUGGAGAACUCAGUGCAGCCAGGAAAGCGGCCACUCUCUUUUCUGCUGCCCACUGUGGUCCGACCAGCAGAGGGGCUCUGUGGGACCUAUCUUGCCCUGGGGGCCAACGGAGCUGCUAGAGGCCUCAGUGGCCUGACCCAGGUUCUGCUGAAUGUCCUGACCUUGAAUCGGAAUCUGAGUGACAGCCUGGCCCGAGGCCGCCUGCACCCUGACCUACAGUCCAACCUCCUGCAGGUGGACAAUGAGUUCACAGAGGAGGAGAUUGAGUUCCUGGAAGCCAGGGGUCACCACGUGGAGAAGGUAGAUGUCUUAUCCUGGGUCCACGGCAGCCGGAGAACCAACAAUCUCAUCAUUGGUGUGAAGGACCCUCGGAGCCCAGAUGCAGCUGGAGCCCCCAUUCUGUAGAGCUGUUGGGUGGGGCGGGGUCUGUGCUCCCCUCCCCCAUUUGCAUGUUCCCAGAGUCCCUCCUUCUCCCAGGUUUGGUCUCAGGGGAAACCCAGAAUCGUCCAGAUCAGGGGCAGGUGAGAGGGGAUGCUUAGCAAACCCUAUCCCAGAGUAACUGGAAAAUUCUCCAUCAGGAAGACUGUGGUGGUGGCGGUUGAGUGUCAGUGUUCAUGACCGGGCAGGCAGGACCUUGAGGACUCAGACUGUCCAUCUGUCUGUCUCCUCUCCUCUCUCAGCCAUGCUGGCCCUGAGCUUACAGAUGUGCUUGCAAACCUUUCUCAAGAGUCUCACAACCCCAACAUGUACAGACUGGCCUGACCUAGGCCUUGUCUUCCAGCUCCCUCCUCUUGUCCCCAGCCCCGUUUCUUAAGUGACUAGAGCUUUUUUAAAGAAACUAUCAUGAAGAGGGGGUAAUCCUUUCCUCCUACUACUAGGUUGGGGCAGAGGCCUUGCAUCUGGGGGUCCCCAGAGUGUGGGGUAGGGGUGGGGGUGGGGACCAGCUCAGGGGCUUCCAUUUGCAAAGAAAGAUUAAAGAAAGUAUUGCUUAACCAAGGCUCUGGCUUCAUUUAUGUUUAACUGGCUUGGAAGUGGGAGUGGGAGAGGAGACUUGGCUCACCAUGUCCUAGGGGAAGCUGGAGUCAGCUUUGUAUCAUAAUACAAUGAUAUAUAAUGGACUAAUGAUAAUUAAGAACUUACUGAACUGGGUGGCGCAGGUGUUUUCCUAUAGCCCUCAGUACUCAGGAGGCCAAGGCAGGAGUAUCGCUUGAG